GUUUAAAAAAGAAAGAAAGAAAGAAGGUUAGAGAAUAAGAAUAAGAAGGAAGAAGGAAGAAUAAGGAUUGUAGUAGUAUGGCUUCGUUUACGCGACCCGUGGACGCAUAUGGAGCAAAAGGGAAGCUCGUGUGUGCGACCUUGAGGACCUCUCACAAGCAUUCGGGUUUUCAGCAUGUCUUGGCCUCAAAUUAAUUGGGUUUUCAUCUUUAAGAUGAAUGCUCCCUGUUAUAAUUGUCUAAGGCUUUGAUGUGAAACCUGUUCCAAACCAGCUUGUAUCAGUCGCUAUUGCUGCUGGUGGAUCAAAUUUGAGGUCUACAAGGAGAGAACAUUUGUUCUAUCAGUCAUUACUAAAACCCCUUCAGAGUGAUCCCUAGUUGAAAUUUAUAUGAGACAAUGCAGUGUGUGUUUACCAGAGACUAUGCUCAGAGUUAGAUCAUGGGGUGGUUAUCCUAGGCUACGGAACAGCAUUUGAUGGAACUAAAUUGUUGCCUAACAAGACCGCGCUAAUCCAAGAACCCUCAGACUCAGAAUUAGAACAUACAACUGGUGAAGUACAACAGUAAGAUCAACAAGACGACCACUUUCCUAUUCUGUGAAUUGCACCAGUAAUCUGAUUUCCUUCUUACCCAUUCUACUUGAAAUCCUGGAAUUGUUCUCUACAGAUGGUUAUGAGGCACAUGCGACAUUGUCCUGUUAUUGACAUCAUACACCAAGUAAGUAUUUCCUGGGGAUAGUGUAGGAUGCGGUCCAGUCUGACAUGCGGAGGAUGUUUCAUGCUAUUUGGAGGGUCAAUGAGAUAUAGGAGUUUGCUACUUGGUCAUGAACAUAUGGAGAAUAGGCAGCAAGCGAUGACAGUCUAAUUUGGGGAUGGAAGUAUAUAUGGUGUUGUGAUUGAGUUCGUCUUUGCUGAAACAGUUUGCAGGACAACUGCCGCUGAUAAUGAGUAGCAUGGCAGCAUCUGAUAUGGAGGUCCAUGUUGAGAAUUCAUUUCGAAUACAUUAAAUUAUAAAAAAAUAAUUAAGUACAAAAAAUCAAGCUUUUGCCCCUCAUUCAAAAGUUAUUCCCUGCAUUCCCGUAUCUACAAGAAAAGCUCUUAGGAUCUUGUUCUCUACGUACGAUGACAAUGUCACAAUGAAACAGAUCCUGAGUACACAUUCUCCUGAUGAUCGCGAAUUUCAUGUCCAACCUCUUUUUCGUAUCAUUGAAGAUGUCAUGCACCGUACCAAUGCACCCCUCCUUGGCACUAUUCUUUCCACCACUCUUCAGGUACUGCCAUUCCAUUACACUUUCAUAAGGAAUCCUUCUUGGCUCUUAUAUGAUGUUGAGUGCUGCCAUUCCUUUACACUUUCAUUAGGAAUCCUCUUGAGAAAUCUGCAGAGUUAAAGCUGAUUAUCUAUCAAAGCAAGGGUCCUCAAGCAACUUUAUGAACAAAAGAUCUAAUCUUCAAGAAAGAUGUCCCGAAUAAACAGUAAUCUGAAUUUACUUUUGCGGCCUAUAGCUAUUGCUUUGAAUACCAUACCAGAACUGAAACCCUGCUUUAUAUGAAAAACAUGAAAGUUUAAGGUUCAUAGCUCUAGUAGGACAUGAUCUUCAAAGGAAAUCAUGAAAGCAAGGUAUCUGGUUCCAUUGGCCUUUAGUCCACAUCACUGCUCUCAUACUUACUAUAGAUAUUUAACAAAAUUUGCACACAGAGUGCAUAGCAAUUCUACGGGCUGGGAGUGACAAGAUGCAGCAGGCAAGGGGUGAUCGGAUCUUGUUCUCUAUGGCGGAUGACAAUGUCAUGAUGGACCGGAUCCUCAGUACACAUUCUCCUGAUGGUCAUAAAUUUCAUGUCCAACCUCUUUUUCUUAUCAUUGAGGAUGUCAUGGACCAUGCCAAUGCGCUCCUCCCUGGCAGUAUUCUUUCCACCACUCUUCAGGGAACUCAGGCACAGUUGGAUGAGAAAGCUCUUAAUAGCAGCUUCUCUGGCAUUCUUAAACUUUUAGCCCCCACUAUUAAGAAAAUUUCCCGUGAGAUUUCCUGCAAAAGUUCUGCAGAAGGGGAUGCACAAGCAACAACAGUGUCACUCUUUAAAACGCUCUCGAACUAUUCAUGGGAUGUUAAGGUAGUAGUAGCCUUGGCAGCUUUCGCUGUGUUCUAUGGUGAAUUCUGGUUAGUAGCACAGCUUUACCCCACCAACCCUCUAGCCAACUCAGUUGCACACCUCAAGCAACUUCCAAAUAUAAUGGAACGGGCCGAAUCUUCAAAACCAAAGUUUGAGUCACUUGGUAAACUGAUCAAGGCAGUACUUGUUCUAACGAAGUGCAUUGUGAAAUUAACGAGCCUCCCUUCUCAGUACAUUAGCUCGGACAACCCGGAAAUGGUCACUGCCACUGCUCGUAUCCCUAUAGCUGUUUACUGGACGAUCAGAAGUAUUGUGGCUUGUGCAUUUAUAAUUAUUACUCUUACAGACACUAGUAAUGAGUACAUUGCAUCAACAACAGAGGCAUGGGAAUUGUAUAGUUUGGCCCGUAAGGUGGAUAACAUACACACCCACCUUAGCAAACAAUUGUCUCUUUGCCAACAGCAAAUUGCUCUGAAGAAACACGAUGAAGCUUAUAGGACAUUUGUUCGACUGCUUGAAACACCUCACUUUGACAACACAAAGUUCCUCAAGACUUUGAUUUACCCCAAAGACGACCAGCUCCCACUGUUUGAGGGUCAUACCAGGAGAAGGGUUAGCAUCGAGACACUGAGAAAUAAGCUUGUGCUACUUCUUCUUACAGAGAAUGACAUGUCCCAAGAAGAGAUUGCGCUUUUUGAUAGUAUGUAUAGAGAAGCAAAGCAAAUCCCAUUUGGCGUGAGUCAUUAUGAAGUCGUCUGGCUUCCAAUCAUGGACAGAUCAGUUCCAUGGAAUGAAGAAAAGCAAAAAUUACUUGAAAACACACAGAACUUAAUGCCAUGGCUGUUUUUGUAUCAUCCGUCUAUGCUGGAUCCUCUUGCCAUUAAGUACAUGAAGGACAACUGGCACUUCACCAAGAAGUCUAUCGUAGUGGUGGUGGAUCCACAAGGGAAAGUUGUGAACCUUAACGCCCUCCAUAUGAUGUGGAUUUGGGGUAACUUCGCUUACCCUUUCACGAGCCUAAGAGAAGAGCGACUAUGGGAAGAAGAAUCAUGGAGAAUUGAUCUACUGGUGGAUUCCAUUGAACCCAUGAUCUUUCAAUGGAUUAGUGAAAGAAAGUACAUUUGCUUGUACGGUGGUGAUGAUAUUGAUUGGAUCCGCAGGUUCACUGCCACAGCGCAAGCAGUAGCGCGUGCUGCCAAUAUCCAUCUAGAGAUGUUAUACGUAGGCAAAAGCAACCCGACUGGAAAAAUUCGAAAAAUCAAUAACAUCAUUGAUGCUGAAAAUCUUAGUCUUGUGUUGCCAGACCUGGACUUAAUCUGGUACUUUUGGAGUAGGAUAGAGAGCAUGUGGCACUCCAAAGUGCAACAUGGCAAAUCUGUUGAAAAUGAUGAGAUAAUGAAAGAAAUCAUGAUGUUGCUAUACUUCGACGGUUGUGAUCAAGGAUGGGCAGUGAUUUUUUGGGGUGAGAAAGAUAUGGCUAAAGCUAAAGGUGAAAUGUUUUUGGAGAGUUUGUCUGAGUUUGAUAAAUGGAAGCAUGACAGUGAAGAGAAAGGAUUUUUGCCCGCGCUGAAUGACUAUUUUAAAAAGCUUUAUACCCCGCAUCAUUGUCAUCGUUUUACAUUUCCGGGAUCAACAGGCAGUGUUGAGGAUAAGAUGGUUUGUGCAGAAUGUGGCCGUCCUAUGGAGAAGUCCACCAUGUACACUUGCUGCACCAACAAAUAUUAAAUAAGCAAGUUACUGUUGCCGGCCAACAUCAAAUUUUAAUUAAUUAUUUGUUUGAAUAAUUUUAUUGUUAAUGCGUGACUUUAAGCGGUUUCCCUAAAAUGUACACAAACAGGCUCCUGUAUGAUGUUGAGUGCUGCCAGAAUGAAUUCUAUAAUUUCCUGUUUGUAGAGUGUUCCAUUUUCGCUUAACUUUUAGUGUGUUCUUGAAUUUUCCGCUUGUACUGCUGCUAUUUUUCUGA